CUCUUCUCUUUCUGGCCUCUUGAGCUACGUUGGCAGCCCAUAGCCCUGUCGUGUUCCUCAGGCGCAGAGGUAGAGUUAUUCUACUCCGUCCUUGCACAAGCAGCUUUGGCUCUCCGUGUGGCCUCAGACUACUCCGGGCACGUGACGCGCGUGGCCACAUACCUUGAACUGUUGGCUAUUGCAGACCAGGAAAUCAAGCACAGAAGUGCACAGCUUCGGCGGUCAUCGUUUCAAGUCUUCUGAAGCGCCCCAAACUUGGAGAAUAAAGAACCCAAGUCGCGCCAAAACGCACGUCGAAUAAAAAUUCCAAGGCUUCAACAAUGUCGAUUUCAAACGACGCUCUACGCAAGGUGCUCCUGGAGAUCGAGCAGAAGUCGCAGUUCUCGACGCAGCAGAUGGCCAUCGUGAAGAGCCAGCUGGCAGCCAACGCCCGCGAGACUCGUAAGCUGGAGCUGACCGCGGACGAACUUGGCGCCCUUCCAAGGGAGACGCCCAUGUAUGAGGGCGUCGGUAAGAUGUUUGUGCAAGCAUCCUCGCAGGAGGUCAUGGACCGCCUGGCUGCUGAAACGCAGGCACACGUAAAGGAGAAAGAAAAUCUCGACAAGAAGCUGCACUACCUGGAGACCACCUACAAGAACAGCCGCGAGAACUUUGAGCAGAUACUGAAAAACGCCGGAGGCGGUGUCGCUGCGUGAGACCCACGUGCUCUUCUCUUUCUCUUCUGAUUUUUCUUCUCCCUUUGCUUUUUUGGACACAGUUUUGAUAGGACGACUAUAGUUAUUGUCUCAUGUUCUCUCAUAUUCACGCCAUAUGGUGACCAGCGAACGGCGUACAUGGAAAGGCCAAUUCAUGGAAUACAAAAUGCUCCUCCUCAACGAAAGCAAGUUAUCGAGAA